AUGAACACGUUUGGGCAGCAUGUUCCUAACCCUCCACCAGGAUAUCCGUAUACUCAUGAUUUAAUGGAGAUGGCAGUUCUCUGUGAGAAUCUUGGAAUCUACCCUCAGAUCCUGCACCAGCAUGCUUCUCAGAAGCCACCAAGUAACUCAGGAUACAGCCACUAUGAGUUCACCAACCCCAACAACAAUCCUUAUAGGUGGUAUAAUGGAUCUUGCGUUAACUCAUCAUCACCUUACCAUACCGGUGCAAGUUUUUACAAUGGCACAGGUGGCCAUCCCUACCUGCAGCCAGGAUAUGGAGGUAACCAGAAGCAUUUAUCUGGAGCAGCAGCUUCAGGUGACUUUGGGUGGAUCACACAACUUUCCAAGGAAGACUUUGUAAAGGUUGCUCGUCCUCCUUACUCAUAUUCUGCUUUAAUUGCAAUGGCUAUUCAAAGCACCCCAGAGAAGAAGCUGACCCUCAGCCAGAUCUACACCUAUGUGACUGACACUUUCCCUUUCUACAAGAAGAACCAAACUGGUUGGCAAAAUUCCAUUAGACACAACUUGUCCUUAAACGACUGCUUUAAGAAGAUGCCAAGAGAUGAUGAUGACCCAGGUAAGGGCAAUUACUGGAUUCUAGACCCCAACUGUGAAAAAAUGUUUGACAAUGGCAACUUCAGACGAAAAAGGAAGCGCACGGCAAAGAAUGAAAACACUGUCCUAGAUAAAAGUCCUAAAAAGUUGCAUCAGGCCAGUGUACUGGCCAGGAAGACCUGUCUUGUGAAGCCUUUAGUGGACGAGCAGAUCAGCUGUGCAUCUCCAGAGACUGAAACAAAGUUCCGCAGAACUGAUGUGGAGAGCACUCCAUGUCUGGGCAGCUUCAUGUCCUCUGUAAACGGCGUUACGUCCGGCCAGUUCCAAGCACGUUCUGGGGACACUUAUGCUUAUUUUUCUGGACUGCCUAGUAGCGAGCCUUCCGAAAUUGCCGAGAAUGUCUCUCCGCCAAGCCACUUCUUAAAUUAUUACCCAUCAAACCAGAACAGCCUUUGUUCUGUUAAUGCUCUUAAUGUUGGCCAUAUAAUGAAUAAUCGACCUGGGCAAGUUUGA